UUGUCCUUCUUCCUGAUAGAAAACAACAAGCAGACUAUAAAAGCAGGAGUCAGAGGGGGAGGAGGCUUGUUUUUGUUCGAGGAGUUGCAAGAGUGAAGAACUGAGCAGAGGAAAAGAACUUUCAGACUAAAGGAUUUGGGGCAGUGGAGUAAGGAGGAUGCGGGUGUACCUCCCCCUGCUCCUCACUCUCUGCCUGGUCCAUGGGGGCGGAGCAGAGAGUGACGGAGAUGGGCGUCUAUGUCGGCUACCGCCAUCCUGGAAAAUAGGGGAGGUGGAGCCCAUGAAGGGGACGAUGGGUCAGGUGACGGUGGUGGCGUUGUUGCAAGCCAGCUGACUGUUCUGUCUGGUGCAGGCUGCCAGUAUGGAUGGCUUGCGCCAAAGCCUGGAGGGUCAGGGGUUGAAGAAUGUGGCCUAUAUGGUCGUUAACCACCAGGGGGUGGUGGCACAACGCGUGCACAGCAUGCUUGAAGCGAGACUGUCCGAGAACAUCACACUUUACAAACAGGACGAGCAGCAGACAGAUGUCUGGCAGACACUGAACGGUGACAAGAACGACUUCUUAAUCUAUGACAGGUGCGGUCGUCUCACCCACCACAUUUCCCUGCCAUACUACGUCAUCUCACAUGGUCAUGUUGAAAGAGCAAUCAAAGACACCUACUGCAACCACAUCUGUGGGAUCUGCACACACGAGAGUCCUGAGACUCCAGAGGAGUGCACACAGACAGCAGUACCGCAGCCUGACGCGGAUGCGUCAGCAGCUGAAGGACACGGUCAGGGUCAUGACCACGACCACCAUCACGGGCGUCAUCACGGUCAUGGGGGUGCUCACGAUUUUCACCCACGUGGCUUAGGCUACGGCCAUCAUCACCACCAUGGUCAUCACCACGGUGGUGAUGAUGGCACUGGUCAGCACCACAACCAUGGUCACGGUCAGAGAAGCCACGAUUUCUCUAGACAUGAUGGGCAUCACUCUGCAGAUCCAGACCUGAUACAGCAUGUAAUGCAGGUGCAGCUAAUGCCGCAGGAGGAGGCUCAGGGAGCCCCUGUGAGGUCCUGAGACCAGACCAGGGUCAAAUGAAAGUCAAAGUACAGCUGACAACUGUCGGCAGGCUCUGACGGUCAGACCUCCGCCCAGCUUACCUGAUGCUGACACUGACGUAGGCUGUUUGAGUCAACAGGAGGCCAGCAGCCCGUCGGUCUGUGACACUGUGAGGAGGGGCUGCCCGCCUCCUGAUGGUGACACAGACUGACAGGUGACGUGACUGACAAUGUCAGGGAGACCUGACAGUGACGCUCUCCUCUUGUUGACUGACAGCAGAAUCAGCCAGCACCAUGAGCCUGACCUCCAGGUGUUGUGAGCUGAGGAUGAGAGCAGCUGUAAGCUGGUUCUCAUGUUUAUCAGCUGACAACACCGUGAACGGUCAGGUGACCUUUUACCAACAAGUAUUUCCCUGAGAAAGACUAGGACUCACAACUGGCUGCACAAAGACCAGAUUAGACCUUGAAUUAGCCUGUGACUGGAAGUAUAUCCUUUCGGUCACAGUCUAACUAUAAACAUUUUUGUCAGUGUGCAGCCCUCGUUCUUUCUCAGGCGUUCGUGUGGUAGUCAUGUUUAAAAACCUUCUUCUCUGUUUCCCUCGCUCCUUCCUUUAUGAAUGCAGGCGUGGAAACUACGCUCUAGUGGCGUCUGUAUGAUGUCAGGCAGGAGAGAGCAGAGAGGAGAGUUUCAGGAAACAUGAUAAACAACUAAAACUUUUAAAUAAAUGACUAUGACUAGAGGAUUAUUAUAGAGAAACCUGAAGACCGUAGAGAAAUGCCAGAUAAACAACAACAACAACAAAGGGAGUAUAAGAGAAGACAAAGAUAGGAAGGAUAAAAUAGUAACUUUGUAUGUGUCACAUGUUAUUAAUCACAGUUUCUCAGCACAUUUAAUGGCAGUAAUUAUCAUGUACGACUCACUCUUUGUUUAGCUAAUAAGAUCCAUGGGCUUAAAUGUGUCUUUUUUCCAGCUUCGGUGUUUCUAUUUUAAUUGUGUGAAUGUCUGUUUUUUUUCUCAACCAUUAGUAUGAGAUCAAGUUAAAGAAAAAAAAGUCACACUUUCAGACCAAUUUCUUUUUUUUUUUUUUAACAAAGCCUCAUUCGUUGUGAAGGAAUGGAAUACGAGAGGGAACGAAUAUCUGAUGGAAUACACUCUGUACUUAAUGAUGGUUUCUCUGGAAAGACGACGGUCACCUAGAAACCUGAUGACUGUAUAGGGAAUUGUGUUGAGUUAAUGCUGAGUGUCAAAGACAGAUGAUUAAAGGCUGAUGAGCUUUGUCA